UCUUCCCUCCUUCCCUAUUCGCAAACCGCUCGCACUUUCCCGAAGGGAGCGCGGGCGCCAGUUGCCUCCUUUAAAGUUUGAGGGGCGGUGGCGGCGGCCGGCAGGCGCGGGGGAACGCAGGGUCCUCAACGGGAGUCGCGCCGCCGCCCAUGUCAUUCCACUUCAAGUGACUUCAUGUGAUGUCAGCUGAAUGUAAAAGACAGUGAUCUCACGCGGAGGGGAAGAUGUUUGCCAUCAAAAUGUGACAGAAGAGACACGCUGCAUGGCUCGGAACGCAUCUCCUUGGAGGUGGGGGAAAGAGACUUAGAGGAGAGAGGCUGUGCCCUGGCCCAGCCUGGCUCAGCCUCGCGCGCCAUGGCCAGCUCAGCUUCCCUGGAGACCAUGGUGCCCCCGGCCUGCCCGCGCGCUGGAGCGUCACCAGCCACUUCUAAAACACUAGCCUUCUCCAUCGAGCGCAUCAUGGCCAAGACGUCUGAGCCCCGAGCGCCUUUUGAGCCGCGGCCUGCUGCACUAGAGGCAGACAGCAGCCAGAGCAAGAAACUGCUCAACCUCUGCUCGCCGCUGCCCUGUAUGAUCCCCCUCCAGCCUCUAGGCUACGAGGUGCCGUCCAAGACACUGCUCAGUUACUCGGAGUUCUGGAAAAGCAGCCUCCGGGCGGGCGGCGGUGGAGGAGGAGGCAGCGGCGGGGGGGCCCCAGUGUGCGGCGCCAGCGGCUUGUGCAAAACCAACUGUGGCGUAUGCUGCAAGGCCGAACUGGGCCUGGCGCCGUCUGCGCUGCCGGCCGGCAGGGUCAUCAAGCCGCAGGUCAUCAACCAGGCAGUGGGGCUGCCGGCCAGCGGCUCGCUCUACUACUUCAACUACCUGGACUCCACUGCUUACCCACCGUCCGAGCUCCUCGGCAGCCACCUUUUCCCAUCUGGCCUCCUCAACGCACAGGCCCCCACUUCCCUGGCGGCUCACCCCAAGCUCUUUCUGCUGGAGAAUGCCAAACUGGCCAGCCUGACUGCGGACAAGUUCCCCCAUCCAGCUCCCUAUCCCCAUAAGGAGCGCUUGCCGGCGCCGCUGGAGCAGGUGCUGAAGGAGAACUCGGCCUUGACGGCUGACCGAGGGGGAGUCAAGAGCCACAGCAAACUCCCAGGGGGCUCGACUGACAGCAAACCCAAAAACUUCACCUGUGAAGUGUGCGGCAAGGUCUUUAAUGCUCACUAUAACCUCACCCGCCACAUGCCUGUCCACACCGGAGCUAGACCGUUUGUGUGCAAAGUCUGUGGCAAAGGCUUCCGCCAGGCCAGCACUCUCUGCAGACACAAAAUUAUCCACACCCAGGAAAAACCACAUAAGUGUAACCAGUGCGGCAAAGCCUUCAAUCGCAGCUCCACGCUCAACACGCACAUCCGCAUCCACGCGGGCUACAAGCCCUUCGUCUGCGAAUUUUGCGGCAAAGGCUUUCACCAAAAAGGGAACUACAAAAACCACAAACUCACCCACAGCGGCGAGAAACAGUACAAAUGCACCAUCUGCAACAAGGCCUUUCACCAGGUCUACAACCUCACCUUCCACAUGCACACCCACAACGACAAGAAGCCGUUCACGUGCGCCACUUGUGGCAAAGGUUUUUGCAGAAACUUUGACUUAAAGAAACAUGUGCGCAAACUUCAUGACAGCGUGGGUCCAGCCACCGCCCCCUCUGCAAAGGACCUGGCCAGGACAGUUCAGAGCUGAGAGCUACUGCCUUGCUUUUCCUUCCUGCCCUGUACCAACCCAAGCAAAUCACACGUAUAAACUUAUUUCUAAAAUUAAAAGGAAAAAAAAAACUAUAGCAGAGAGGCUAAAAUCUAUUUAUCGAAACCAGCAUAUUUUUGGGAAAGGUAAACGUGUCCUCGAUGACCAGCAGCAAACACGUGGCUCCCGCCUUUGUACAUUCAGGAAACGUAUUUAAAUCCAGUGCGCUGAAACAUAUUUAAUUCCAGGCCUGGGCUUCUCCUCAGGCAGCCGGCUUUUAAUCCCAGCCUGUCACCGUGAGCGCCUAGAAGAGCGUGAUGUCCCCAGCCAUCUUCACACAACCUUGUAAUCUCUCCUGUACAAGCGAACACGGAUUAUUACACAUAUAUAACUCAAUAAA